CCACCCAGCUGUUAUUUAGGUGUCACAAUUUCUCUUUUUUUGCUGUGUUUCCCUGCUUUCUGUACAAACACUGGCGAGAUGGCCUCAGCACAUGACAGAGCUGUACUUCAAGCUAUAUUCAACCCCACCACCCCCUUUGGAGACAUCCCUGGCCUGAACCAAGAGGAGGAAUUAAUUGAUGAUGACAGUGGCUUUGACACAGAGUUGCUGAAGCAAGUGAAAGAGUUGGAGUUGCAGGGUGUCUCUGCAGCAGAGGCUGGGGAUUUGCAAGCUGCACUUCAACUGUUCAGCCAGGCAAUCCAGAUCCUGCCUCAGCGAGCCUCAGCCUAUAACAACCGGGCACAGGCCCUGCGGCUGCAGGGGAACACAGCAGGAGCCCUGGAGGACCUGGACCAAGCCAUCUCUCUGAGUGGCGGCACUGGACGAACUGCUUGCCAGGGCCUGGUCCAAAGAGGCCUUUUACAUAGGCUAGCAUGCCGCGAUGAUGAGGCCAGAGCAGAUUUUGAAAAAGCAGCUGCACUUGGAAGUGAAUUUGCUCAACAGCAGGCUGUGCUUCUUAACCCGUAUGCCGCCCUGUGCAACAAAAUGCUGUCAGAUGUGAUCAACAAACUACGCAACCCCACGUCUGAGAUGUAGAGGACAAUUUGUUAAUUUUACACCUUUUCUGUUUGUGGUUAAUGAAACAACAUUUUGAACUUUUAAUACCCUUUUUUUAUUCACUGACUUUGCAGUGCAGUAAAAUAAUUGAGGCCAAUUGCAAGUUUAUUAAACAGUAUAUAAUGUUAGUUACACAGAUAUGUAACACUUCUUUCAUGUGCACAACAAAGACAUUUUAAAUUUAUUGUCAGUAUUCUAAUCAUGGAGCAUGCACUGAUGUCUUUCAUCAAAUUUGACAUGUAGGACAUGAUCUCAAUGUUCAGCAUUCAAACACUAAAUCUCUACUUCAGCCUUUGUCCAGUAGAUGUCAGUCUUGUCAUGUUGAAAGCAGGCAACAGCAGCAAAAUGGAAGUAAUGCUUUUCACCACAACAAUGAAAUAAAAUAUAACAAACAACACUAAUCAGCUCAGUAUGCCAAACAAAGACAGAUGAUCUGAUGUUAUAGAAUAUGAGCACCCAUCUCAAAUACCAGACUGAUCAAUUUGUGACUUUAGUGUGACUUCAGGGAUUAUUGUUGAAGCUCCAUCUCCUUUCAAUAAACACAACAUAAAUCCA